CUUGCAAUCCCUUGCAAGCUGCGGCCUCCAGGUAUGCUGCAGGGCAGAGAUUACAGGAGAAUGCGGGCCAGAAAGAUGGUCUAGCGCCAUUGUUUUGGCAUCCGAGAACAAAUCCAGGAAGAAGAAUGUGGAGGACGAUUUCGCUGCAUACACGACGGCUGCGUUGGCUCUGCUAGAGGAGUAUGCUGCCGGAUGCAGCGUGGCUGUGCUAGAGAAGAAGAAAGAUUUGUCAUCCAAUCUGGGAGCAAAGGAAACUUUGCAGCGUGAGAAAUUUUCUUCCAGAGUUUCUCAAAGGGAAAGUUCGACCAUUGGACGAGGACGAAGAGAAAGAAGAGAAGGAAGACGAGAGAGUGGAAGUUUGGGAGGCGACUUGAGCCCAAUGACCGCCGAGGAGGAGCGUCAGCUACUGGCUGAAGCUGAGGAGGAGCUCUCGGAGCUCAGGAAGAUGCAUGGAGAGCGUUCCAUUUUUGAGAAUCGCUCGAAGCUUGGGAUCGAAGGAUGACGACCGCGUGGAGAUAAGAUGGAAGUCUGGAACGAAGAGGAGGACUCUUCCACAGAUGUUUCUACGAGUGACAAGGAAGAUCGAGCAGGAACAAGAAAGGCGUGCCUGCUGUGAUGAGGUGCUUCGACCGAGCAAAGAUUUACGUCAAAGCUGGGGAUGGUGGCAAUGGUGAAGGAGCCGAAAUGUUGGUUCUCAAUCCCCUCUCUUCAAGCGUGAUGGUGGGUCGAUCUGGAGCUUAAACUUGUGGCAGACGUGGGAAUUAUAGGUGUUCCAAACGCUGGAAAGAGCACGCUACUAAGUGCUAUCAGUGCUGCUCGUCCCGCCAUUGCUGCGUAUCCAUUUACGACACUACUACCCAACCUUGGAGUGGUGUCGCUGGACUUCGAUGCAACGAUGGUUAUAGCCGACUUGCCCGGGCUUCUCGAAGGUGCUCACGCUGGAUACGGCCUCGGUCACGAAUUUUUACGCCACUGAGCGCUGUCGAGUCCUGAUUCAUGUUAUAGACGGUACGACUGCCAGAAUUCGACUACGAUGCAGUGACUGGAGCUGGAACUGUUUGAUCCUCGCCUUUGCUCCAACAAGAUGGAUGUCCCAGAGGCUGCCGAACGCUGGGAAAGUUUCCGGAAAGCUAUGGAGUCUCGUGGAGUGGAGGUUCGUUCCAUGAGCGCCGCAAGUUGUACGUCAUGCGUAUAAGCUUCUACAGACAGUCCCAGUUGAAGAACCCGUGUCGAUCUCGAACGACGUAGCUUCGAUGGUGAAAAAGGAGCGAAGUAGUCCCAUUGGAGAAUUUAAGGUGGACGUCGACCCAGAAUCAGACUUGUGGCACAUUUACGGUUCUGGUGUGGAGCGCUUCACGCAAAUGACUAACUGGGAGUAAGCUUACAUCUUUUAUCUUCCCAUUCAGUUCUUACACGACUCGCAAGUAUUUCGAGUCCCUGCAACGAUUCGAGCGGGUCUUAGAGUGCAGCGGGAUAAACGCCGAGCUGAAAAGUAGAGGAAUUCACGAAGGAGACAAAGUUGCGAUCGGAGACGUGCGUUAAAUUCACACUCUUCGUUCUGUGCUAUGAGCCCACUGUUUGUUAUUCUUUUUUCUUCGAACUUACAGAUAGUUUUCACUUGGCACGAUUCCAAUGAUAUUGCAAAUGUGGGGACUUGGAGACGCGGCCAGAGAGGCUAAAAAAGUUGGCCACACUGAUGCCUCGUUUGUAGAAAAGCGAUAAUGGCUACCAAAAGUGUUAACAUUUGGAAGAUACAAAGGCCAGCCUCUCGGUUCUCUUCCAGCGAACUAUCUGCAAUGGAUGGCACAGGAGCUAGACAACCACUGGAAUGGCUUGGCCAGGCAAGUUCUAUCAGAAAGAAAAGAAGGAGAAAGCUCGAGCACUCAAGAAGGUGGCAGCAACGUUUUUGCUCCGCAGAGUUCUCGCAAAGUUGGAUCCAUGGUUCUCACUUCGGGAAGUACAAAGGCCAAGCGCUGGGUUCUCUCCCGGACGUGUACCUGGAAUGGAUGGCGAACAACAGCACACACACUGGGGGAGACACGGGAGAGAGUUUCUGGAUAGCAAGCACGGUGGUGAUCGAGAAGUUCGCAUCGCCCAAGAACAGGAUGGAUCGAUCGCGUUGAAGAAGCAGAGCCUGGCUUGUCAAGAGAGGAGAGGCCUCGAGGAAGCCAAGCGGAUCCAUGCGCGGGUGAAAGCCAGCGCCUAUCGCAACGAUCGAUACAUUGCCAAUCUUCUCAUGGACAUGUUUGGAGCUUGCGGGAGCGCGGACACGGCGCUGGAGAUCUUUGAGAAGAUCCAGGCGCCCAACAUCUUCUCCUGGAACAUCAUCCUCAAGGUUGUCACGCAGAAGAAUGGAUGCGAUCCAGAGGUGUGGAAGAUUUUCGAGAAGAUCCCGGAGAAGGAGAAGAAUGCCGUGUCGUGGAACAUCGUGCCGCGCUCGCGGCCGAGAAGGGGAAUCUGCGCAAAGUGGAGGAGUUUUUCUACGAGAGGAUGCCCGUCAAGGAUGUGUUCUCCUGGACUACGCUGCUCAAUGCCUACAUAACAAAUGAGCGGUUUGACAAGGCCAGGGAGAUCUUUGCGAGCCUCGAUGACGAGAAUGUAAACGCCGCUACGUGGAACACGAUGAUAGAAGGAUAUGCCCAGGCAGGGGAUAUGCUGCG